GUCUCUCGCACCCGAUCCCCGGGCUCCUUGCCCGUUGUCCCGCGCGGGCGGCCGGGCCCCACCGCGCCCGUUAGACGAGCCGGGGAGGCCCGCCGCCAACGCCGCAGGGCACCGCUGGAGCGGCCGCCGUGGCCGCCGAGCCCGCGGCUCCUCCGGGUCCUAGAGCGGCUCGCUGAGGCCCGUGCUUCCGCUUCCCGUCCCGCCCCGCGGCGCCCGGGACGUGGGCCGAGCCCCCUCCCGGCGUGGCGCGGAGCCCGCACCACCGGAGCCGCUGGCGGCAGCGGGCAAGGGGACGGCGAGUGCCCUCGGGGUCACGGGAGCCGCGCCCCGCUCGCGGGCCGACGGUGCAGCACGCGGCGGAACCCCGAGGCAGCGAGCUCCGCCGCUCGGCGGACUGGGAGCGGCUGAGAGCCGUCGGCACAGUUCUAGGGAGUGAGACUAUGGAGGUUUCUCUGGUGGAUGAGUUUGAACAUACUCCACAGGAGGAGGAUGGCUUAGAGUUCAAGGAAGAGGAACAAUUAGCCCCAGAGCAUGAAGUAGGAAAUGCUUCUCUCAAACCUGAAGGCAUUCAGAGCUGGGAUGACUUAUGGGUCCACAGAGAGGGGCUUGGAAAGCGACAGCCUCGAGACCCAGGCCCCAGGGUCCUGGGAGAACCCCGCUGGGGACAGGCUGGUAAUGACCGAGCCGCCGCCGUGUGUGGUGAGUGUGGGAAGAGCUUCCGGCAGAUGUCAGAUCUGGUGAAACAUCAGCGGACUCACACAGGGGAGAAGCCCUACAAGUGUGGGGUCUGCGGCAAGGGCUUUGGGGACAGCUCCGCCCGAAUCAAGCACCAACGAACUCACUCCGGGGAGAAGCCCUAUAGAGUGCGGACACCAGCCUCGGGCCCUCCCAAGAUGCCUCGGUCUCGGGUUCCUGCUGGUGAGCGCCCCACUAUCUGCGGGGAGUGUGGGAAGAGCUUCCGGCAGAGCUCGGACCUGGUGAAACACCAGCGCACUCACACGGGGGAGAAGCCCUACAAGUGUGGGGUCUGCGGCAAGGGCUUUGGGGACAGCUCCGCCCGAAUCAAGCAUCAGCGGACGCACAGAGGGGAGCAGCUCCCCCGGCCAGUGGCUCCCCGACGGCAGCCAUCGCAGGCAGCCCCGACAGCCACACCGAGACCCAAGGCCCAGGACAAGCCGUACAUCUGCACUGACUGCGGCAAGAGGUUUGUGCUGAGCUGCAGCCUCCUCAGCCACCAGCGCAGUCACCUGGGACCCAAACCCUUCGCCUGUGAUGUGUGUGGGAAGGAGUUUGCCCGGGGCUCGGACCUGGUGAAGCACCUGCGGGUGCACACCGGCGAGAAGCCCUACCUGUGCCCCGAGUGCGGCAAAUGCUUUGCCGACAGCUCUGCCCGGGUGAAGCAUCUCCGCACCCACAGUGGCCAGAGGCCUCACGCCUGCCCGGAGUGCAACCGCUCCUUUAGUCUCAGCUCCACGCUUCUUCGUCACCGCCUUACCCAUGUGGAGCCCCAGGACUUCAGCUUCUCCGCGUACCCUGUGGCCCCCCUCAUCCUCAGCCCCCCUCCACCUCCCCUUGGCACCAGCCCCUCCCUGACGCCUCGAAGCCCUUCACACUCCAGCGAUGGGCCCUUCGGCCUGCCCGGCUUGGAACCAGAGCCUGAGGGCCCACAGGCCGGGGAGCCUCCCCCCCCACUGGCAGGCGACAAGCCCCACAAGUGUCCUGAGUGUGGCAAAGGCUUCCGCCGAAGCUCUGAUCUGGUGAAACACCACCGUGUGCAUACAGGGGAGAAACCCUACCUCUGUCCUGAGUGUGGCAAGGGCUUUGCUGACAGUUCCGCCCGAGUCAAGCACCUCCGAACCCACCAGGGCGAACGCACCAGACCACCACCAUCUACCCUCCUGCGGGCACAUAACCCACCCGGUCCUAUACUCAUGGUCCCUCAGGCUCGAGUGCGGGGCCAGCCCUCUGGACCCAGCCAGCUUCAUGUGUGUGGCUUCUGUGGGAAAGAGUUCCCGCGGAGUUCAGAUCUAGUCAAGCACAGGCGUACACAUACUGGGGAGAAGCCGUACAAAUGCUCAGAGUGUGGCAAAGGCUUCAGUGAUAGCUCUGCUCGGAUCAAGCACCAGCGUGGCCAUAUGGCCUUGAGGCCCUUUGGCAUAGGGGAUGGUCUGUCAAGGCCUCUCCUCCAGGAGGAGUCACCAGCUGGAAUAGAGUGAUGGGAGUCCAGGGAGGGUAGAGGCCCGCGGUACCAGAGGGAGGGAAUCUGCUGCCGAAGGCAGAGAAAAGCCUGGGAAAUGGUGGGAGGGUGUGGAGGGAGGAUGAGAACAGAAACAGAUUGAAGACCAUAAUGUUCAUGCUCAGGAAACUCUUGGCUAGGUGUUGGGAACCUCGCCAGUAUGAGCUGUACCGCAGCUUCUAGAACACUGCCCAGCAGAGAAAGCUCGUCAUACUUGUAAAAUUGGUAAGCUGGACUCAACUCUAAAAUCCUGCUGCCUUUUGUUAAGAAUGCAUCCCUCUGCUGGGCACUGUAGUGUACAAACUAUAUCUCCAGCACUCGGGAGGCAAAGGCAGGCGGAUCUCAAAUUCAUGGCCAGACUGCUCUACAUAGAGAGUUCUAGGUCAGCCAGGACUACAUGGUAAAGCAAAAACAAACAAACAAACAAACAAAAAACACCCAACAAAAACCUUAAUCCUCCCAACCUUAGGCUGGGAGAACAUGGAUUGUUUGAAUUUAAGGUGUCAAAACAGGCAGGGACAUCUUGACCACCCUGUGGGGGAAGUAUUGCUGUGGGAGGCAGUUUCCACCUCUACCUGUGGAUCACUGGUUGUAUCCAGGAAGGGCCCUUUGGGAAAGAGCCUAAGUGUGUGCUUUGAGGGCCCUUGCCACCCUGACGCUGGGACACUGGUGAAGCAGAGCAGAACUACCAGGAGCAUCCAGAGCUUCCAGUCUGGAUGCAGAGCCUAGGGCGUCCUGGACAUCUGCAAAGACCAGCUUGCUGAGCCAGUGCAGGCCAGAGAAGCUUCAAGUCUCCACAGCCAAGUGUCUCUCUCUUUACUAAUAAACUGUCCCUUGUCUGAGG